AUGUCGCCCACGCAUCGCCAAGGCGGCUCCGAGCCCGUGGCCAUCAUCGGCAUGGCUUGCAGAUUUGCCGGAGAUGCCACUUCGCCGUCUAAGCUAUGGGACCUCUGCGUGUCGGGCAGAGACGCCUGGUCGCCCGUACCCAAAGAGCGCUUCGAUGCCGGCGCUCACUAUCAUCCGGACAAGGAGAAACGGGGGAGGAAUCAUGCGAAGGGCGGUUAUUUCCUUAGCCAGGACAUAGCCGCAUUUGAUGCGGCAUUCUUUAAUUUGACUGCGGAGGUAGCUCGUGCUCUUGAUCCUCAAAUACGAUUGCUCUUAGAGUCUGUAUAUGAGGCUACUGAAGAUGCUGGAAUUCCAAUCAACCACCUGGCUGGCUCCGACACCUCGGUCUACACCGGCACCUACAGCAAAGACUACCAUGAUCAACUGACCCGCGAUCCGGGGCAACUUCCGCCCUCCUUCAUUACUGGAAAUGCCACAUCAAUGUUGUCGAACCGCAUCGCACACUUUUACGAUCUCCAUGGGCCGAGCAUGUCCAUCGACACGGCCUGCUCUUCGGGGAUGGUGGCGUUGCACCAUGCUGUCCAAAGCAUCCGCUCGGGAGACUCCACGACCUCGAUUGUGGGAGCUGCCAGCGCGCUGCUCAACCCGGACAUGUUCAUCUCCCAGUCGACCAUAGGCUUCCUCGGCGGAGGGGGCAGGUGUUUUGCCUGGGACUCUCGAGCCGAAGGAUACGGUCGCGGUGAGGGAGUCGCCACGCUUAUCCUCAAGUCGCUGGAAGAUGCGGUGCGAGACGGCGACCGCGUGCAUGCCGUGAUCCGCGAGACAGGCCUGAACCAGGAUGGUAAAACCCCGACCAUCACUUCGCCAUCUUCCCAGGCGCAGAUCGACCUUAUCGAAGCAUGCUACCGGCGCGCGGGGCUUGACCUGUCAGAAACAGCCUAUGUUGACGGACACAUGACGGGCACAAAGGCUGGUGACGCAGCUGAAGCCGAAGCCCUGGGCAAGACUUUUGGUAAACGACGCUCUGCCGAAGACCCGCUGCUUGUCGGCUCGGUCAAGACGAAUAUCGGUCAUACGGAACCUGUGAGCGGGCUGGCUGCAGUCAUCAAGACCGUUUCUGCCUUGAAACACGGAAUAAUACCGUCGAACUUGAAUUUCAAGAUGCCUGGCAAGGCAGACUUGCAGCGGCUUCAUCUCCGCGUGCCAACUGAACUCACACCAUGGCCCACGAAUAAACCUCUUCGGGCCUCGGUGAAUAACUUCGGCAUAGGGGGGACGAAUGCCCAUGCAAUCCUUGAAGCCUUCUUAAAUCAGGUUCAAGGCCAACAACUAACCAACGGCGAGACUGAGCAUGAGUCAAGACAAGUGUUCCUCUUCAGCGCCAAGGACCCGGCCGUGGCCGCUGCUUCGGCCAAGGCUCUUGCUACUUGGGUCAGGGCUGGUAAAGCUCGCAUCAAACCAGCAGAUCUCGCUUACACGCUGAGCGAACGCCGUUCGUGGCACCCUUGGAGGAUUGCCGUCUCAGCUGUCAGUUUGAACGAUCUUUCAGCCAAGUUGGAACAGCCAGGCAUCAAGGCGUCCCACAUUGCGGCGACCAAGCCUCGGAUCGGGUUUGUCUUCAACGGCCAAGGUGCCCAAUGGCAUGCCAUGGGUCGCGAACUUAUCAGUGCCUACCCCGUAUUUCGAAAGGCUAUACAAGAAGCAGACCAGAUCCUCAAGGAGCAUGGCGCCGAAUGGUCACUGAUAGAGGAACUGAUGCGUGAUGCCAAGAGCACACGCGUGUCCGAGGUCGAGCUGAGCCAGCCCAUCAGCGUAGCCCUGCAGCUUUGUCUCGUCGAACUCCUCACCUCGUGGGAUGUUCGGCCCGCGGCCGUGACCAGUCAUUCCAGCGGAGAGAUUGCCGCUGCGUAUGCAGUCGGUGCGCUAUCGUUCCGGGAAGCGCUCGGCGUCGUCUAUCAUCGCGGCAGACUUGGAGCUAAGCAUCGCAAGCUAUCGACAGUCCCUGGAGGUAUGCUUGCCGUGGGGCUAGGGCCCAACAAAGCUCGCGAGUACCUGUUGAAUGACAAGGUAGUGGUGGCGUGCAUAAACAGUCCAGAUAGCGUCACGCUCUCGGGUGAUUUGCAGCCUGUCGAGGAGGUUCUUGCCAGGUUAGAGGCAGAUGGCGUCUUCGCGAGGAAGCUCAAGGUCCCGCUGGCAUACCACUCUCAUCACAUGCAGAGCAUGGCUCCAGAGUAUGCUGAAGUACUCCGAUCCAUAGCAUCUGCUCGUCCUGGCUGGACAGGCGCCUUGUUUACCUCACCUGUCACCGGAAAGUUUGUCAUGUCGCCGCAAAUACUGCCCCCUGAACACUGGGUCGAGAACCUGACGAACCCAGUUCUCUUCAGCCAGGCGUUCCGGGAGAUGUGCUUUGGACAGAACCCGGCAACCUCGAAUGUUGCACCUGAUGAGCCCACUCGUAAUGUCGAUGCUGUCGUGGAGAUUGGCGCUCACGGCACUCUGGCUGGACCCAUCAACCAGAUCCUCAAGGCCGAGGGCGCCGCUCUGCCGUAUGCCACGUGUUUGAGGCGCUCGGAGAACGCUGUUGAGACCAUGCAGGAGCUCGCAUGCAACCUCAUUGAGUGGGGCUAUCCUGUCAAACUCAAGGAUGUCAACUCGCCUAACAACGAAGUUCGAAAACUCGUCGAUGAUCUACCAACUUAUGCAUGGAAUCACAAGACGCGUUACUGGCUCGAACCACGUAUUAGCCGAGAAAUUCGAAAUCCUAGAUUCCCACCGCACGAACUCGUCGGUAGUCCCCUGGCUGGCGGGAAUGGUGCAAUGCCAACGUGGCGCAACUUGCAGCUUGGGGAUGUGGCAUGGCUCAAGGACCACAGAGUCAACUCGGCGGUCGUGGUGGGUGCUGCUACAUUUGUUUCGAUGGCUGUGGAAGGUCUCCGUCUUCUUUCUAGUACCGGCGCAGACAGUGUCUCGGCAUAUCAUCUGAAGAAUGUCGAGUUCCAAAGCGCAUUAGAGGUGCCUCAAGGCUCAUCGAACAGCACCGAGGUUAUUCUCUCACUCAGCGCAAACGAUGGAGAAGCCGCUGAUCAUGAGAAGUGGAACAAGUUCUCCAUUUCCACGGUCGACGGUGACAGCAAUUGGAUUGAGCAUGCCAGAGGCUUCGCCGCCGCGGUCACUUCAGGUUCGGCUCCAGGUCAGGAUCGCUUUGUCGCGCUGCCAGACCUGAAUUCUUUCUCCGGACGCGGUGAAAAACCAAGAGACGUCAACGUUGACGAGCUCUUCAAGACCUUCCAUGGCAUGGGAAUUGAGCAUGGGCCUACCUUCAAGAACCUGAUCAGCGGCAAGGCUACGGCAGGCAAAGCGGUUUUAAAGCUAGACGUCACGGAAGCGCUGGCUCACACGGAAGAUUAUGUUCUUCACCCUACCAUCCUAGACUCCAUCCUACAGACUGCAUAUACAUGCAUUCCAGAUGCGAUCCGGCGGCAUUCGGUUGCAAUUCCGCAAUCAAUCGAGGAACUGUACAUUGCAGCCAAGCCUGCUCUUAGUAGUGGCUCGCCACUUCAUGUCGUGUCUGAGCGAACGAGGUCACGCCGCACCGGGUUCACCUCGAAGAUCACGGCAAUUAGCCCUGGAAACACACAGCCCGUGCACGUGGAAGGCUUCUACAUAAAGGCCAUCCCGCGUCCCCUGACCCAGGAGACCGAAGUUACGAGUGUCUGCUCAAAAAUCUCCUGGGAGCCUGACAUUCUUCACAACAUACCCACCGUUGUCAAGAGCGCCAUGAGACGAUUCUUGACUGACGAUGAAAAGGCCACAGAAGACAAGCUGAUGCGCGUCGCCUACCACAUGAUACAUGAUGCUGUAUCUGAGCUGGAGACGGAGGGCCAAGAGUCGUGGCAGUGGCACCACAAGAUCUUCUACGAGUGGAUGAGGUCCGUCGUCGCGCAGGCAGCGGCUGGUACGCUCGCUCCGCGCAGCAAGAUGUGGGCUCGCACAAGCAAGGGAAUGAAACGGCUCAUGGCAGACGAGCUUGACGCUGUCGAUGCGGCUGGUCGCAUGACGGUUCGCGUCGGCCGCAACCUGGCGCGCAUCGUGCGCGGGGACGUCACGCCCCUUGAAAUCAUGACGGCAGACGGCCUUCUGACGCAGUACUACGAAGACAUGCCGCGGCUCAAGCACCGCACGUACAUCCACCUUUCCAAGAUUGCUGAGCUGUUCGCGGCCAAGAAUCCCGGCGCUGCGGUGCUGGAAGUCGGCGGCGGCACAGGUGGUGCCACGACGGCCAUGCUCGAGGGCUUCGCGGCGAAGGGCAACGGCGCGAACACGCUACUGGGCAGGUAUACCUUUACCGACAUAUCCUCGGGCUUCUUCGAUGCCGCCAAGACCAAGCUGGCUGCCUGGGGCGACCUCAUCGAGUUCAAGAAGCUCGACAUCGAGGUCGACCCCGUCGAGCAGACCUUCACGCCCGGCACGUACGACCUGGUGAUGGCGUCGAUGGCGCUGCACGCGACCAAGAGCUUGGUCAAGACGAUGAGGCACGUGCGCAAGAUGCUCAAGCCUGGCGGCAAGCUCGUCAUGAUCGAGCCGGACCAGGACCGACUGGAUGUGCAGCUCAUGGCGGGCACGCUGCCGGGCUGGUGGCUGAGCGAGGAGCCGCAGCGCAAGAGCAGCCCAAGUGCGACGCUCGAGAUGUGGACUGACGUUCUGCGGGAGGCCGGGUACAGCGGUAUUGACUUUUCGAUCGGGGAUUGCGAGGAGCCGGAGUACCACUCGAUGAACGUCAUUCUUGCUACAGCGGUUCCUGCGGAGCCGCCUGCGUAUCCCUUGUCGGUUUCAAUUGCGUAUGUAGAAGCUGCUCGGGGUCCGUGGCUUGCUGAGCUCGCUGGCGUGGUCAAGGAUAUAAUGGGCAUCACACCUACACUCUCCGAAGUGGGCGAUGUUCAUGCUCAAACGGGUUCAGAGAGACUGACUAUUGUCGCUGACGCCAGACUCGGCUCGCUUAGUGCAGGCAGCAACCUGCUCAAGAAGCUUGUCAGUGAUAGUCAAGCCAUACUAUGGCUUGCCUCACACAGCCCUCUCAGCGGCCACGACACGCAAUAUGCUCACUUGGCUGACACCUUGUCCUCCCUCAGAAAGGAGCACCCAAAGAAGCGCAUCGUCAGUCUUGGUCUCGGACAGAGCGCGAGCUCCUGGGACAAAGAUGACCUCUCAGCUCUCAAGCACGUCAUAAAAGCUUCCUUUGACAAGAGCGUCGAAGUUGACGAGUGGGAGUAUAUCGUCAAGGACGGUAGCUUGCACGUCCCUCGGAUCUACCCUGACCGCAAUCUUGACGCGGUGGUCAGCACCGAGGACGUUGAUCCUCCAUCGAAGCAAGAGCCUUUUCUUCGAGAGCGUGAUCAUGCGUUGGUUUGGCAGCCUGGCUUGGGCGGGUUGGUGGACGACCCUCACUUUACGCCAGACUACGACUCGCUUGAGUCCGCACUCCCAAAGGGCUCGUUAGAGAUCGAAGUGCGAGCCUUUGGCAUCGGGUCUGAGAUUGACGAGUCUCGAGACCUCCAAGGAUAUGAUUUCGCCGGCAAUGUCAAACGGCUGGGUGCCGACACUGAAGGCUCCGGUCUCAAGAUUGGCGAUAAAGUCUGUGGAAUUGCUCAAGGAGAUAUCAGCAGCAUUGUGAGAGGACCCGCCAUCAGCGUCGCAAAGCUAUUGACCGGCAUUUCGUGGACUACUGCCGCCUCUUUGCCCACUCCCUCCGCAACAGCGCAUUAUGCCCUUUUCAAGGCCGCACAGCUUCAGAAAGGCGAGUCCGCUCUUAUCGUUGGGGCGACAACACCAGUCGGUCAGGCCGCCAUCCACUUUGCACAGGAUAUUGGAGCCAAGAUCUUUGCCACAUGUGGCAGUGCCGAAGAGCAGCAACUACUUGCGACCAACCACGGGCUUGGGAAAGAACAGAUCAUCUCCACAGGAGUCUCUGUUCCGAGUCCGCGAGAUUCUGGGCAUGCAUUUGACGUUGUGCUUCAGGCAUCCAAUGACCGCCUGCUCUUGGACCUUGUCUCGCCAUUCGGCCGUUACAUCGAUUGCAGCGGCAACACAGAUGCCAGGAAGAGCCUGGACCUGACUCCUCUGCACCAGCGCAGUGCCACGUACGUCCCAGUCGAUAUUCUCCAACUGAGCCAGUACCGCGGGAAACUCGUUCAAGAUUCCCUCGUUGCCAGCUUGCAAAGCCUCAAGCCGCACUGUUCAGCCUCUUUCUCAGUUGAACAGUUCAGCCUAGCAGAUCUCGACAAAGCUGUGCGCAAGGCGACGAAGCCCGCUGUGGUUGGCGUAAGCAGCCGGGUCGUGGUGAUACCUGCGCCGGAAGAUUACGUCAAGGUGGUUCAUCGCCCGCGACCGAUUAAGCUCGAUGCCGAAGCGUCGUAUGUCGUGAUUGGCGAAGACGUCGACGGUAUGACUGAGUCCGUCGUGUCGUGGAUGGUUGAUAAUGGUGCGAAACAUGUUGUUACUGCUCUUCGCGCGGACAAGUCCCUAGACGGGGCGGCCGCGAUCACCAAGCGGGCUGAGAGCGAAGGAUGCACGUUGCGGGUGGUUCACGUCGAUACUGCCAGUCCGAAUUCGAUUUGCAAGGCGGUCGGUGGUGAGGGGGUUGUUCCAACGGUUCGCGGUAUUGUUGGAUUGUUGCCCUUGUCUAUUGAGACACCACACACAGCCCUGGAGAACAUCACGAAGCAAUAUCAGGAUGUGGAAUUCUUCGUCCUGAUUUCGCAGGCAGAACAUGCAUCGGUGAUCAGCAGCUUGCCAGCAGCACUAGCCAAAGCCCGAGCAGCGCAAGGCCACCCGACCACAGCUCUCGAUAUCAUUGGAACUGUCGCUGAGCCCACAAUGCUCCGUCUCCUCGACACAGCCGUCAGCAACUCGUCGACACAUAUCAUCGCCGGACUCACCAGUCACGAAACCCUAUCUGAAGACUUAAAGACAUACCACGACAGACGCUACGGCACGCUCCGCCUCGCCGAUCCGCAGAGCAGACGUAAGGCGGACAGCGCCCCACUCGCCUCCGGCGCGCAGGACGCCGACCGCGCGGCGGCCCCGCUCCGGGCGCUAGCAGAGCAGCCGGCCGUGACGGAGGCGCAGGCGACGACGUUCGUGACCGACGCCGUCGUCGCCAAGCUCGAGGACAUGUUUGGCGCGGCCGAGGGCGAGGUCGACGCGCGGCAGCCGCCGAGCCGGUACGGCGUCGACUCGCUCGUCGCUGUCGAGCUGCGCAACUGGCUCGAGAGCGCGGCGCGCGCGAGGCUGACCGUAUCGGACAUUGUGGGGAGCAAGUCGCUCGGGGAGCUUGGGAGGACGGUGGCGGGGAGGUCGGAGUUGGUGGUGGGGUUGAAGGCUUGA